AUGGACCACCAGCAGGGCCAAUCAGGGAUUCCAGGCCCUACCGGCCGCCGGCUUCAUAUUGCCCAUCGACGAAGUCCAUCUGAAUUGACACCUCUGAUGAUGGAACAACUUGCUAUUCAGCAACAGAUUGAGCUGCUCCAACAGCAACAGCAGCAAAUUGCCGCUACGCAUCAACAAUAUGUUAACAUGGGACUGCUGCAACCCCAACAACCACUUGGUCAAGUUUCGGGAUUCUCUCCCCAACUUGGUCAGGGAACAAUGGCCGGCGUAUCACCUCAGGUCAACGCUUUCCAAUUUCCUCAGCAGCUCGGAGUUCCCGUAAACAAUGGACCGUCCCAUCGCCGAAACCAGUCUGCCCUACCUGGUAUGGGAAUGGGCCCGCCACCAGCUCCAUCUUCCGGUGCAUCAGGAUCGGCUUUCGCAGAGCUUCACCAAGGAAGCCAAAACCGUGAGAACGGUGCACCGUCGAGAGGACGGGGUGGGCCUAUUGGCGGAGGCCAUCAGCGUCGUCACUCAUUAGCUCUCCCAGAAGCAAAGAAGGCCGCAGAGCUAGCGCAGCAAAAGCGUACUGCAGCCGGCUUCCAGUUCCCCGCUCCCGGCUCAUCAGAAUCUCCUACCGCAGAAGAAAAGCCGAAGACUCCUCAGCCCCAAGGAUUGGGCCUGCAGCGUGCAGGCAACUUCCGCGGUGGAGCCCAUGGCAGAAGUCAAUCCAUGGCCGUUGGUCGUGGCGCAACCGGUUUCCAAUUUCCUAUCCCUGAGAGUAGCCCUGUCGAACCUCCUAGACGCGGCCAUGGUCGGACGCCGUCCAGGAAUUUUGACGGCAAUUGGCGACAACCGAAUAACAACAAUCAAAAUCAGGAUCAGCAGAAGCUGAACCAAGGCGGAUUCGGGCAACAGCAAAGUGGCAACACUUUCCAACCGGGCCACCGCUCGCGAGCAUCCAUGAACCAGUCCAUUGGCUCGAUUGGACAAUUUCAAUAUCCUAAUGCUGCUCCUCAAUUGAUCCAGCUACCUCAGGGCCAGGUUGUCAUGGCUCCGCAGUUGUUCAAUGGCCAGCAACUCAACCCACUCCAGCUCGCCCAACUUCAGGCUAUGCAGCAGAAUGGUCAAUUGAACGGCCUUCAAGCUAGCCAACACGCUCCUCAGCAGUUGUCUGCACAGCAGCAACAGCAACAGCGCAAGACGCUCUUCACCCCAUAUCUUCCGCAAGCAAACCUACCCGCCCUCCUCAGCAAUGGACAACUUGUUGCUGGCAUCCUCCGUGUCAACAAGAAAAACCGUUCAGACGCUUACGUCACGUGCACAGAACUCGAUGCUGAUAUUUUCAUCUGUGGAAGCAAAGAUCGUAACCGAGCUCUCGAGGGCGACUUUGUUGCCGUCGAACUCUUGGACGUUGAUGAGGUUUGGUCUCAGAAGCGUGAAAAGGAAGAAAAGAAGAAACGCAAGGAUAUCACCGAUUCUAGAUCCGGCGAUAAGCUAUCUCGCUCUGAUUCUGGCGCUAAUGGUGAAAACCAACAGGUUGGCCCUGAUGGUAGUAUUCGUCGUCGUGGUAGUCUGCGCCAGCGUCCCACUCAGAAGAAGAACGACGACGUUGAGGUGGAAGGGCAAAGCCUUUUAUUAGUCGAAGAGGACGAGAUUAGCGAUGAACAGAAGCCCUUGUACGCCGGUCACAUCGUUGCCGUCAUUGAACGUGUCGCAGGACAGAUGUUUUCAGGAACUCUCGGUCUUCUACGUCCUAGUAGCCAAGCUACUAAGGAGAAGCAAGAGGCUGAACGUGCCGCCAGAGACGGCGGACAUGGUCGCCAACAUGACAGACAGCAAGACAAGCCCAAGAUUGUGUGGUUCAAGCCUACCGACAAACGUGUUCCCUUGAUUGCCAUCCCCACUGAGCAAGCACCUCGUGAUUUUGUUGAAAAACACCAAGACUAUGCAAACCGUAUCUUCGUCGCUUGUAUCAAACGGUGGCCUAUCACCUCCCUUCAUCCAUUUGGUACACUGGUGGAGCAACUUGGCGAGAUGGGUGAUUUGAAAGUGGAAACAGAUGCACUUUUGCGUGACAACAACUUCGCAGCCGAUGAGUUCUCAGAGGCUGUACUUAAAAACGUCGGUUGGGAAGACUGGACAGUGGCUUCCGAAGGCGAUGCUCUGUUUACUAACCGCCGAGACCUCCGCGACGAAACCACCUUUACCAUCGAUCCAACAGGCACUAAAGAACUCGACGAUGCUAUCCAUAUCAAAAAGCUUGGCGAUGGCAAGGUUGAAAUCGGUAUUCACGUAGCCGACGUCGCACACUUUGUCAAGGCGAACUCGCUAGUCGAUAGAGAAGCCAAGAAGAGAGGAACCGGAGUCCACCUAAUGACCCGAGUCGUAAAUAUGCUACCACCUCGGUUGUCGAACGAGGUAUGCUCUUUGGUUCCUGGCCAGGAACGCUUGACCGUCAGUGUUGUCUUCCAGGUUGAUACCGUGACUGGCGCAGUUGAUGAUGAUGUGUGGAUUGGAAAGAGUGUCAUCAAGAGUUCUGGCAAGCUGAGCUACGAUGAUGUCAACUCCGCCAUUAACGGAGGGACAGGAAGUCCUUUGGAAGGUGUGAAUGCUGAUGAUAUUCGUCUUCUUGGAGCGAUCACCACCAAGUUCAAAGAAGCUAGAUUUGGCAACCGUACUACCAAUAUCCCAGCAAUGCGCCUUAUCUAUCAGCUUGAUGAUGAGAACAUGCCUGUCGAACUCAAUAUUUUCGAUUCAUCCCCGGCUCAUGAAGUGAUCGAAGAACUGAAUUACAAAGCCAACUUCUUUGUCGCGCGCAAGCUCUUUGCUGCUAUGCCCGAGAAAGCGUUCCUUCGACGCCAAGCUGUUCCAAACCCUCGCCGCCUCCAGGCUUUUGUUGAUCGAGUGAACAGACUAGGCUAUGACAUCGAUCCUUCAAGCAGUGGUUCUCUGCAGGCUAGCCUGUUCAAGGUGCAAGAUGUUGAUCUUCGCAAGGGUAUGGAAACCAUUCUAAUCAAGGCAAUGCAACGCGCCAAAUAUUAUGUCGCCGGCAAUGUUACGGAAGCACAACGCCAACACUACGCUUUGAAUUUGCCGCUGUAUGCCCAUUUCACAAGCCCAACUCGUCGCUACGCUGAUGUCAUUGUUCACCGUCAACUGGAUGCCGUGUUGUCUAAUGGAGCUAUUGAAUUCACCGAGGAUGUUGAUACAUUGGUUAAGAUCGCUGAGCAAUGCAACAAUAAGAAGGAUUCUGCUCACAACGCUCAAGAACAAAGUGUGCAUAUCGAGUCCUGUCGCGUCAUGGACAAGAAGCGAUCUGAACUUGGCGGCGAUCUCAUCAGCGAAGGUAUUGUUCUUUGCGUUUACGAAUCAGCCUUUGAUGUGCUCCUUCCUGAAUUUGGUUUCGAAAAGCGUGUGCACUGUGACCAGCUUCCAUUGAAGAAAGCAGAAUAUCGUAAGGAUACUCGCGUUCUUGAAUUAUACUGGGAGAAGGGUGUUCCAUCUUCUGCCUACAUUCCAGAAGAUGAACGUCCCAAUGCAAGCAGUUCCAGAGCUGCCCACGCAGCAGCUGCUGCUCAAGAGGCGGAAGCAGCCCGCGAGCGUGCUCGCGAGAGAGAAGAGGCUCAACGCAAACAAACUGAGACUGGAACAAUGUCUACGGACGACGUUGAUGCUCUCUUUGAUGACGAUGACGAUAUUUCGGAAGUGACUGAGAUGGCUGCUGGCGUGUCACUCAAUUCCUCUGCGGAUCGCCCAACACAGAGCAUGCCUCCAUCACCGACGCGCAAUGGUCAUGAUGGUCAAGGUCCACACCGCGCUCGCUCUGAUCCUAAGAUUGCAAUUAGUGCCAGCGAAACGCCAGAAGCGAAAAUGACAGACAAGGAGAAGUACCUCAAGCUCUUCAAGCUUCGGGAGGAGGAUGGCGAAUAUAUUCAAGAUGUGACUGAACUGACUCGUGUUCCUAUCAUUCUUAAGACGGACUUGAGCAAGAGCCCACCAUGCCUGACUAUCCGUUCUGUCAACCCCUACGCUCUAUAA